AUGAAGGAAGAUGCACCCAUCACCGAAACCAAGCAAAUCUCACAAACGCAAUCAUCACAGCAAGUCCUACGCUCGCCUUCACCCUCCAGCGACGAAGAUGUCAACAACCACGCAGCUUCGGCCCGGCACCCCCAGCCCAAAGACGACACAGACGCAGAAAGCAUAGGCGGCCAACGCAACACAAUGUCCCGCAAACGCAUGCUCCUCGCCUUCUCCGCCCUCUCCGUCUGCCUCUUCGUCUCCUUCAUCGAUCAGACCAGCGUCUCGACCGCUGUGCCCGCCAUCGCGGAGGACCUCGACACGGGAACGGCCACCUCGUGGAUCGGGACAUCCUUUCUGAUCGCGUCGACGGCGUUUCAGCUUAUCAAUGGGCGGUUGUCUGAUAUCUUUGGCCGAAAGAAUUUGUUGAUGAUUUGUUUGGUGUUGAUGGCUGUUGGGGAUGUGCUUUGUGUUCUAGGCGCCGUCCUCGCCCUCGCAAACGGUGUCGGCCCUUUUGUAGGCGGCGCAGUUGUUCAAGAAUCGACAUGGCGAUGGGUCUUCUGGAUGGUCCCCAUCAUCAGUGCCCCGGCCGCCGUCACGAUCCUCUUCUGCCUCCCGUUGAAACACCGACCCGGAAACUACAGAGAAAAGGUCAAGAAAAUUGACUACGGCGGCAUCGCGCUCAACAUGGCCUCGACGCUGCUUCUGCUCAUCCCACUAUCUGGAGGCGGCGUGACGUACCCUUGGUCCUCACCAUUCGUCAUCGCUGGAGUCGUUGUGGGCGCUGUGUUGGCCGUCCUCUUUGUGCUCUACGAGUGGAAGCUGGCGAAGCUCCCCAUCAUGCCUUUGCGAUUGUACCAGGCGCCGCACUGCAGUGCGUUAUUUGGGCAGACGUUCCUCAUGGGCCAGGCGUACUUUGGUAACUUGUUUUACCUACCUAUAUACUUCCAGUCUAUUCUCAACUAUGAGCCCCUUGUUUCCGGGGCGCUGAUCCUCCCCGUCAUCAUCACGACUUCGGGGCUGUCUAUACUGUCUGGGCAGUACAUGCUGCGAGUGGGACGCUACAUGCCCUGCAUCCUCGCAGGAUUCUUCCUCUGGACGCUGGGGAAUGGUCUCACGAUCCUCUUUGACCGCGAUACAGGCCUAGGAAAGAUGAUCCCGAUCCUCGUGGUCAUGGGCGCGGGGAUAGGCUUGACGUUGCAGCCUACGCUGGUGGGCAUGUAUGCCAACUCCCGCGCUGAAGACCGGGCCGUCACGACAGGGUUGCGAAACUUCAUCCGGACUAUUGGAGGCGCGUUCGGGCUCGUGGUUUCGGGAGUUAUACUCUCCAACACGCUGAGACGGGAUCUUCACCGGAAAGACUUUGUUUCCGAUGCGGUGAUUGCGGAACUGACUUCGUCGACAUAUACCUUGGACCAAAAGGGGUUCUCGGAUGCGGAGAGGACGGUGAUUUUGCAGGCGUAUAUGAAGGGUUUGCAUUACAUUUUUGUGUAUUAUGUCAUCUGCUCUGGGCUGAGCCUGGUGUUGACCCUUGGGGUUGGAAAUACGGGAUUGAAGGCGAAGAAGCCGGCGCCGUCUGAGGAGGCUUCGGAAGGUCCGAAUGGGGUGUCGGGAGAGGCUCCGAUGAGUGAUCAAGAGAAGGCGAGUGGGAAUUAG